CUAUUAAAAAAAGUUGGUCUUUACAUUUUUCACCAUUGACAAUACUUGUAGCAUGCAUAGGAGUACGAAGAGAGAUAUUUAAUCAUUUGAUGGCCAUCCAAUACGUAUCAUACAUUGCCCUAGAAAAAUUCCAUGUAUUUGAAAACGUGAAAGGAGAGUCACAAUUAGUUGAAACUGAAGGAAAGGAUAAUCGAGGACUAAUCAGAGACAGCAAAUUAAGGUGCAUAUAUACAUUGGAAUGGGUUUUGUAAUUCUACUUUAAUUUGUUUCUAGUAUUAUAAAUACAUAUUUUUGGUAAGAAAAAUUAUUUCACUUUAUAAAUAAAAUAUGUUCCUAUGUUACCCAUAAUUAAAUCACAAUAGUAUUGUGUUCAAUUAGGGGUUGUGGUAUAGGGUACAAAUGGACGAUCAAUCCAUACGGGAAAACGCAGCACCGGAUUGGGAGUGUGUAUACUCGUUCGAAGAGAAAGGCUGAAAACACUAGUUGACGGAGAUGCAGAGUGGGAAAAAAGGCAUCGAUUGUGGGAAAUAGAAAACGGUUUAGUACCAACAGCGGAGGAGGGCUCGCCCAAGGAGAAAGUGUAUUCAUACGAAGAGAAGAGGCUAAAAACACUUGUAGACGGUGAUGGAGAGUGGGUGAAAAAGCAUCAUUUGUGGGAAAUACAAACGGUUUAGUGCCAUUAGCGGAGGACGUUUCACCCGAGGAAAAAGUGUACUCAUACGAGGAGAAGAGGCUGAAAACACUUGUUGAUGGAGAUGCAGAGUGGGAGACAAAGCAUCAUUUGUGGGAAAUACAAAACGGUUUAGUACCAAUAUAUGAUGAGGUGUUCACACCCGAGGAAAGAGAACUGGAAGAAAAGAGGAAGAGGAAAAGAGAAAUUCUAUCGGCAUUGGAAUUGCAGUCACAAGAGGAGGUUCAGAAGACACAAGAAGAGGCAUUCUAUAAGAGGUUACGAGAGCUCCAUAUUAAACCUCUAACGGAGGAGGAGAAAGAACUAAAACAGUCAUACUUGAACGAUCUGGAAAAAGUACGCCUCGGUAAGAUGAAAAUUGAGCACUUUUUUCUUUUUGGACCAGGAUGGGAUCUUGCAUAUUACGACAUUCCUGAUGGGAAAUUUCCUUCGCCGCGAAGAGCUCCUUCGGUGCCAACAGCUUUUCUGACCCCUGAGUUCUGGAAACAGCUUUACGAAUAUGUUAGACAACCUAGUGCAAGUAUUACCCAAACAACAGGAUCUAGCACUCCUGUGAGCUCAAACAUUGCAACAGAAAAAAGAUGCCGCAUGAAUCUGUAUGCGACACCCUAUUGCAAGUGUGACCCAAACUGCCGUGAACACUACGAUGCCUUUGAGGAGGAACAACACCCAGAAAUUGCCCAAAUUUCUAACGCAUAUGUCCGUCAGUGUCGCCAAACUCAUUGUUUUGACAUUGAUGACUAUAUCGAUGGGACAAUACAUCCAUUAGGACCAUUUAAGGAAAUACGCAGAGGCAUGGCUGAAAUUAUAAUGGAAUUGGCAAACCGUGCUAUCCAGGAGUAUAACGAGAAAGAGAGCAAUGAUUUCAAGUACAGAGUAUUGAAGAUUGACAAGUGAAUUGUUCUGUGGAAAUGUAUUAUACGUAUUGGAUGACCGCCAUAGUAUCUAAUCUCACUCUUGUUACUCCUAUUGAAACUUUUCAAAUCCAUGCUGCUUUUAGUCUCGUCAAUGAUGAUAGUAAGGUCUAUUGUUGCAGGCCUAAAGAAGAGCCUAUUAUUGGUUUGCCUAGCUGUGAGUUUUGCUUUGGCCUGCUGCCAGAAGGGCGUGUCACGGGAGGACAGGGACCGUAGUUAUUUAAAUUUCUACCAUUUGAGAUUUCACUAUUAUUGUUGAAGGUACUUGUUAUAGUUGGUCUUGGUUGGGAUUGUCUCCAUCUUUUGUAAAUUAAGUGCUUUAGUUUGGGUAUUCCAUUGUAACCUGUUUUAGGCUAAAAUUUAAGUGAUUGUAAGAUUCUUCACGGUUAUUUCUGGGUUGGUUUAGGCAAAUAUCAAGAACAAACCCUUAAAAUCGCCUCCACUUCAUCCAAAAGAAAAUUAGUUCAUGGCAUACUAAAAUAUAUGUUGAUUUUAGGUAUUAGAGUGAUCUGCUAAAUUAACUCUUAGCUUAACGCUUUUUCCCCAUCUGAAACGAUACUAAGAAGAGAAGGGAAUGCAUUGGAGUGGUGAACAAGAUAACUACUUUUUGUCUGGUAUGCUACCCAAAAGAGUCCAACAUAGGUGAAAGAUAUGCACGUAGACUGUAUGCCGAAGCAAUAAGACUUGUUAUGACUUGGCAUCCUUCAGUACUCCACCUUUCUCAAGUUCAUGCACAAGGUCUUUCAAUGCUGGAAGCUUUAUGGCAAGAUUUUGUUGUCCUUGCAAGAGCAAGCAAUGUUUAGAGCCUCUGGGAGCUGUGUGAUUAACUCUUUCAUCUCAUCCAAGAUCAUAUUUUCAAGAACAGUUGGUCUGGGAACAACUCGAACAAUCUCACCCUCUUUAGGCUCUUGAACUCGUGCAUCAACUUUGGAGACCAGUUCAGAGUUUGAGUCAGCUCCACAUUAAUUUGAUGAUAAAUGGUACCUGUGUUGAACUAAAGAACACUCCACCGUGCCACAUCAGUUUCACCCCCUAAACCCCACAUCACCAGGAUGCCGAGAGGCAUGUACAGAGUCAUGAAAACGGCCAUCCUCUUCACGAAUCCACUGUGUCAAAAUGUUAGCAAGAUAAAACACAUUAGUUGAAAGCAGAAAGAGUAUCCUAGUUGAAUGACCAUCUCAUAUAUGAAUGGAACCAGAAAUAUAUCUGCAAAUAGUGUUUUGUAAAUCUCUUUUCUGGAGCUGACAGUAAACAGUCUCUCUAUCUCGCAAAAGUAGGGAUUAGGUUACACGAUCCCACUUUGUGAGACUACACUGGGUAUGUACACUGGGUAUGUUGAUCAAAAGUAGGGACUCCACAGUCGCUACCCUUUGGGUGCGACAGGGUGAACCCCACUCAUGUGCAAUAGCUCGCAAACCACACUAGGCUUUCGACAAGCUCAACCGAGAAGGCCAACCCCCUGUUGUCGCAGGCGAGGAGUUUCGAAUUAGAGGAGCCACCUCGAAGGAUAAUUCUAAGUAUUUUCUCUUAAGAAAUAUAAUUGUAUCACAUUUCAUUUUAUUAUGACAGGCAGCAUUAGACAUUAGCACGGUAAAGAUCACAAAACUAGGCAGCAUUAGACAUUAUAAGUGGUGAAAGUUCUCGUUGGGCAAAUUAAUUAAUGGAGUAAUCUGUAAGAAUGUAACUCCAGUGCAGAAGAGAAUAAGAAAAUUCCUUAACAUAUGCAAUCAUGCAAAAAAAAAAAAAAGAAAUUCCCAGAAUAGCAGGAGAUAAAGCAGUCAUGGAAAGCUAAUACUCAUCUUAGCCAGCAUUCACUAAUAGUAAAGAUAUUACAAGAAAAAAUUUAGCUUUCAGUGCACACUAAAGGACCGUCGACAUUUGCACCUCCUCCACCUCAGCCCACCGAAAA